UGCAAACAUGUCUGAAUGAGCCUUUCUUCCGUCAGUCAGUUCUCCGGGUUGAAAUUACCCAGCGAGUCGCAUUCCAGCGUGGAACGAACACAGGUACGAACGAGGCUGUUACGGAGAAAGGUAAAAAUCAGAAAAGAUGGAAAAAGAGACGAAUGUGAGCAAAGGAGAAAAACAACAAACUGUGAAGUGGUAAAGAAAAAAAAAACACACUAGUGAGGAGACUAUGGGGUUUCAACACUGCUGGCUGCUGCUGCUCUUGGUCAACUGCAGUGCCCGGAUUACAGGUGCUGUGAGUGGCAUCAGUCCGUACUUAAAGCAUUACGAGGGCUUGUCGUACGACAGGGAAGAUCUUCACAGGAAGCACCUGCGAGCCAGGAGAGCCUCACGGCCUUCUGAACGCACCCUGCAGCUGGACUUGACUGCUUUCCACAGAACUUUCCGUCUGCAUUUGAAACGCAAUCCAGCAGCAUUUGCCGAAAAUGUCAUCGUGGUCAGUGGUAAUGGUCCCACGUCGGCUGACCUCUCCCACAUAUAUUCAGGAACACUGAAAGGAGAACACGGCUCCUGCCACGGCUCAGUGUUGCAGGGGCAGUUUGAGGGAACCAUCCAUACGGACAAUGGGACCUAUCACGUAGAGCCGGUGGAUAGAUACACCAGCAGCCCUACGGACCACCACUCUAUAAUCUACCACCAGGAUGACAUGGUCCUGCCAUCCAUGAGAACUGGCCCUGGUGGAUUCUGUGGUGCAGAACAUCUGGGCCUCCUCAGCCAAAGCCUGAGACGAGAUGAGGAGGCACCAGCGAGUCGGGGGAGGAGAACAGUGGAUGAGUCAAAGACCAGCUGCCUGCUCCACCUCCAUGCGGACCACCUCUACUACAAGAAGUUCAAGUCCGUUGAAGCGGUUGUUGCUCAGGUGGCCUCCUACAUACAAGCCGUCAACGACAUCUACGACAAGGUGGACUUCUUGGGGAUUAAGCUGAUCAACUUCAAAGUCAAGUCCCUCCUCGUGAUGACCGAGGAAGACGAGAGCGACCCCCUGAGCCCUCUGUUUAUCGGGCCGGAGAAACUCCUGAGCCUGUACUCUGAGAACAACUGGGGCAACUUCUGCCUGUCUUACCUGCUGACUAACAGAGACUACAGCGGGCUGCUGGGCCUCGCCUGGGAGGGCAAAGCCGGUAACUGGGGAGGCGUUUGCUCAAAGCAGACCACCCUGCGUAACGGCCAGACCGCCACCCUGAACACGGGCCUGGUCACAAUACAGAACUAUGGACAGUUCCUGCCUCCUCGCCACGUCCAGCUGACCCUCGCCCAUGAGCUCGGCCACAGCCUGGGAUCCCCGCACGACGAGGGCUCCAGUUGCGGGGACAUGGGCUCCAGCGGCGGUAAGGGCAGGUAUCUGAUGUUCCCUCACGCCACAGACGAGGUGCGCGAAAACAACGACAAGUUCUCGCCCUGCAGCAUCGAACAAAUCAGCAGGGUGCUGGCGCUGAAGAAGGACGACUGCUUCGUGGUCAGCGAUCAGCCCAUCUGUGGAAACCUGAUGGUGGAGGAAGGCGAGGAGUGUGACAUUGGUCACAACGACACCGACCUCUGCUGCUUCAGCGCUAAGCAGCCGGUGGGAGUCCAGUGUCGCCUCAAGCCUGGUAAAACCUGCAGCCCGAGCCGGGGCCUGUGCUGCGGUCAGGACUGCGGCUUGAAGCCCGCCGGGCGGACCUGCGACGAGGAGACAGACUGCCAGAGGGCGAGCGUGUGCUCGGGCUCCUCCCCUCUGUGCCCCGAGCCGAGCGCCAAGCACAACCUCACGGAGUGCGCCCAGGGCACCCGUGUCUGCGUGAGCGGGGUCUGUGCAGAGUCCGUGUGUGUGAAACACAGUCUGCAGCAGUGUGACUGUCCAGGAGACUCCAUGAAGGAGAAAUGCCACAUGUGCUGCCAGCAGCCCGAUAAGCCUGAGACGUGUGCCAGCACCACCUCCUCCGUGCUGUCCCGUCACUUCCAGAGGACGUCGUUGCCGUUGGUCGGCGGGGCUCCGUGCUCAGCAAAACAGGGAUACUGCGACAAAUUCCACGUGUGUCGUCUGCUGGAUGCGGACGGCCCCAUAGCCAGACUGAAAAACUCUUUCCUGCAUUUCGACGACUUUGAAGACAUAGCCGAGUGGAUGAAGGCUUAUUGGUGGGCCAUCCUGCUGGCUCUCCUGGCCCUCUCCGGAGGGAUGGGCUGCACCGUCUGCCUCUGCAGCCACAGGCUUGACGCCGGCGACCUGGAGUGACCUCUGACUUUUGAUCGUCGCUGGGAAUAUGCAAUAUUUCAAUUCAAGCCACACAAAAGCCCUUGGUAUUCAAUCACGUGAGAGUUUUGAGUUUGAGUCACACUGAAGAGAUUGAUUGGCGUGUGAACUGCAGGUGACCUGUGAUGACGCAUUACGCUAUACACAUUAUAGAUGCUGCUCUCAACGUCUCUCGGGCUCGUUUGGUAACAGAUGUCUUUGUGCGUCGAUACGCAUCUUCCUUUCUCUUUCCUCUAGACACUUAUUUCAAUAAGCAGCCUGUUGUUGCAUGUUUACAGGCUAAUAAAGGCAAUACAGCCAUUUUAAACAUCUCCACACGGAUCUGUAAUCUCAGAGUAUUUCUUCACCAUUUAUGAUUUUCAUUCAUGUAAAGACCUAUAUGUAAAGACAGAUCUAUGCCCAAUAUAUAUAUUUCGGUUGUGACAUCACUACUUAUUUCCUGAUUAAUUUACUGUUUUGGUUUACUCUGAAAAAAAACGACUUCAGCUGCUGUAUAUAAAGCAGUUAAAACUACUUUAACUUGGCAAGUACAUUUAACUGAUACUACUUAUGUUCACAUGACAUAAAUAAAAGGUUUAUUUGAUGUUUUUUCUAAAGCCAGCUCGAUUGUGUGUAUGUCCUUGGGAACGUUCACGUGCAAGCCACCAAUGACGAUGGCGUCACAACUUCAAGGACAUGAAGAAAUCUUAAGCUUAUUUUGAGUAAUUUAACAUUCCCUAGCACUUUUGUAUCAAAAACAGACGUGAGAUUUCAAAUUGUAAUCAAAAUGCUUGGAUCACUAUAAUCUACUGACAAGGAACAAGGAAACAACCGUGUGCCGGUGGGAAUGAGCAAUAACAA